AUGAAUGUACAACUUCGAGAAAUCACUGUAACAGCACGAGAUGUAGCAAGAGCUCAAGCGCGAGGUGGACGUGGCAGAGGUUUUCGAGGUGGUCCUCGUGGUCGUAGUGUGGUUCGAUCAAAGGAAGUUAAUGAAAUUAAAGAUGUAAUUGAUAGUGUCAAUAACGGACGUUAUGAUCAAUGUAUGAUCGAAGAUGAAAAAUAUGAACAUAGGUCUUCAAAACCGAUAGAUCUAAAAAAUUACUUUCCCGAACGUAUGAUGCCAAUCGUGAAACCACUUGUAACCGUCUUUGGAAGCCGUCUUAACAUGAGAUUAGAGCAUUUUUGGGUGCUAUGA